ACCAUUGCCGAAGGAUCUGGGGAGCUCGCAAUACCGAUUUGAGGAUGGUCUUGAUAAACUUGUCUAUUCAUCAAACUUCAUCGAAGUCACUGGCUCUGAUUUUGACGUGACGGAGAAGUUGCGUCGUGCCAUUUUCCGAGGUGAGCAGGUUCAGGCGAAGUCGAACCAAACAGCCCAGAAUACGAACAAGCAAGAACUGCGUUGGUUAGGUUGGAGCGAUCAAGCUCCUUUCGGGACGUCAUACAGGGUCGGCAAAUCAUCAAUCAUGCCAAUGCACUAAACUAUGCUAUCGAUCAUAUCGUCCUCAAUAGCGAACUAGUCACGGAAGACUCUCUUCGAGAGGUACAUGGUAUGUUAUGUGCUGGCAAGGUCUUGGGGGAAGAUGUAGGACAGCCCGGGGGACUAUAGGACACGGUCAGGGCAUGAAGAAAAAAUCUAUCUUCAUACAUGCACCCACCUUUCCUACCUACAUGGCGGAGUUUGUAGAUGAUCUAUAUAAAGAUAUGGUCGCAGCGGAGGAGAGCGGGAUGAUUGACCCCUUUGAUAUGGGAAGACGAUAUUGUCACCGCCUCAUCUGCAUUCACCCUUUCGGAGAUGGAAAUGGUAGGAUAUGUCGAAUUCUGCUCAACAUCCUCCUCCUAAAGUACGCUGGUUUUGUCAGUACGUUUGGCGGCACUGAAGCCGAACGGCAAGAAUAUCUAGACAUAGCAAAGCGAGCCAACAAGAAAUUCCACGAAGAAGAUAUGAAAGUUCCCGAGGAGGAUAAGAAAGGCCAUCAUGAGUUGGCGAAAUUCGUGCUAAGGACGUCUAAGCAGACACUAGGAAAGUUGUGGACAUGGGCCACGCGUUAAAAGGAAUUAUAGUAGAGAUAUUUGUGUGUAUCAUUGCGGAACCAUACU